AAAAAUUGUUUUGACAGUUCUGAAAAAGGGUUAUUUUUUGACCACUUUUCAAGUUUGUUUUUGUUGUGAUUUCAUUUUUAUUCCAGUUAGAUUAAAAAUUUAGUAUGAUUGCAAUCCAGUUACCGAAUUCAAUUAAAUGAAAAUUCGUGUGCAAGAUGUAUUUGGAUUCAAAUUGAUUUAACAAAUUACACAAUCAGCAUGCCAACAUUCCUAACUCCGGGCCGGCAUGGCUACAGUGUUCGGUUCUCUCGGACAAGACCUGAUGCACUGGCUGUGGCCACCAGUCAGUACUAUGGCCUGGCUGGUGGGGGGACCCUGUUCUUCUUGGAGCUCUCACCAGAUGGCUCGACCAUGGUGGAAAUGCAGAAGUUAGAGUGGACUGAUGGAUUGUUUGAUGUGACAUGGUCAGGCACAGCGGAUGGUGUGGCGGCGUGUGGCGCAGGCGAUGGCGCUGUCAUAGUGUGGCGUGGAGGGUGUGCGGCGCCACUAAGGGUGUUGAGGGCUCACCACAGCGAGGUGUGCUCUGUGGACUGGCCCAGAGCUCACUUGUUGAGCGCCAGCUGGGAUACUACUGUUAAGUUGUGGGACCCCGAGUCAGAAGUCUGCCUCAGUACGUUCGCGGGUCACUCUCAGCUGGUGUACACGGCCACGUUCUCGCCUCACUCGCCGGCAACUUUCGCCUCAGUGUCCGGUGACGGUCACUUGAAGUUGUGGACAUGUACGGAACCAUCGAGACCUGCUGCGGUUGUUAAAGCUCAUGAAGCAGAGGUGUUGUCGUGCGACUGGAGUCGAAUGGAGACGCACGCGUUGGCGACGGCCGGCUCGGACGGACUCAUUCGAGGGUGGGACCUUAGAAGACUAACUUCUCCUAUGUUUACUUUGAAAGGUUGUGAGUGUGCAGUGCGGAGAGUGCAGUUUUCGCCGCACGCGCCGUCCGUCAUAGCGGCGGUGUCUUAUGACUUCACCACUAGGAUAUGGGAUUUGAAACGCGGCUGUGAUCCUCUAGAGACGAUACGUCACCACUCCGAGUUCACGUACGGCCUCGACUGGAACGCGCUGAGGCCUCACCAGCUGGCGGACUGCGGCUGGGACUCGCUCGUGCACGUGUUCACGCCGAGGUCUCUCGUCUGAGAUAUAGGUGACUGUUCAUUUAUUUGUAGGCAGGCCUCUAGAGACGAUACGUCACCACUCCGAGUUCUCGUACGGCCUCGACUGGAACGCGCUGAGGCCUCACCAGCUGGCGGACUGCGGCUGGGACUCGCUCGUGCACGUGUUCACGCCGAGGUCUCUCGUCUGAGAUAUAGGUGACUGUUCAUUUAUUUGUAGGCAGGCCUCUAGAGACGAUACGUCACCACUCCGAGUUCACGUACGGCCUCGACUGGAACGCGCUGAGGCCUCACCAGCUGGCGGACUGCGGCUGGGACUCGCUCGUGCACGUGUUCACGCCGAGGUCUCUCGUCUGAGAUAUAGGUAUUUGGAAACAGGGUAUGAAGAAGAUGGAAAUGGGUUUCUAACUAUGAGUACUUAAUUUCAUUAUGCAUUACUUGCUAUUAGGUUUAAGGGAAAUGUCUGUUUUUCGUCUUUUACACGAUUAUGACCUGGAGUUAUGAUAAUAUUUCACAAAUUAUAGUCACAAACCAAAAAGAAAAAUGCGGGUAGAUCAACCAUAAUAACUAUAGUCGGAUGCAAUAAUUAUGACGUCUCUGAAAUAAGGUGCAGGUCAUACAAAAAGGGGUGAUGCCCUGCCGCCGCUUUACCGGGCACACCUAAAAUCUUGUAUUGCGCACCUUAACGCACGGUGGUCGGAUAUGUUAAAAGAUUGCAUACGACUAUAUCAUGGUUAUAGGGUCAAACUUAAGCCCAAGAGACAAUGGUUUGGUCAAGGUCGACUCUGUUUACUCUAUAUUUGUAGUUUACUUUAUGAUUAUUUGGAGGGAAAAUGGGUAUAUUGGUCAAAUAAAAAAAAAAGAAAACUUGAUUACUUAAACUAGUUUGUUGAACCGGUUUCAGUCAGAUUAUAGUUCUUUCUAAGGCUCAACAACACAUAACAUUGCAAGAGUCUAAACUUAGUCUAUUGAAAAAAUGGUGGACUUAUAAUGUAUUUACUUGUAUUGUAUAUAUAAUGUAUUUACAUGGCAACACCAGAGAAACGGGAAAUCAAUUUCUUUUGUAUACGGAAUUUAUUUAUUACCGGAAAAAUCAUAGGAAUCUUUUAUAUUUCAUGGACUCACUCAAUGAAUGUAUUUUCAUUGAUAAUAUAACUCCGUUUUUAACAUUAAUUAAAUAAUGGAUUGUAAAUAAAUUCAAUUAAAACAUUUUAUUGUAAUGCCAAUAAGGUUAUAUUUCCAGUAAUUAUAAUUUAUGUUUACAUUUUAUAUGUUGUAUAGAAAGCUUAUAUUGUUGUUAAUGUAUUUGUUAAAUAUGUAAAUAAUAUUUUUAAGGCUUAAAUGUAUACAUUGUACGUUGAUGUGAGUGUAUCGAAGUUGUAUUUUAUUUAGUAAUUAAGUACGUUUAUUUCGACGAAUUUUAUAACUGGCAAUUUAAAACAACCCUUAUUUGCCUUUACUUAACUUGCUUACAAUUUAUUAUUAACCACAGUACUGUAACCACAUGAUUUUCUAAUAAUACAGUAUUUUGAUAAGUCUUUGGUAUGCUCACAACGAUUUUUAAAAUGUGCUAAUUUUUUACUUUAAGCUAUUUUACGAAGCGAAUUUAUAAUGUUAAAAGUACAGUUUCCUUUAUAUUAUAGCCUAACCAGAAAUAUAAAAAUAAUGAGUAUCCUGUAUACUACACGACUGAAGUAAAAAUUACUUAUAGAAACAAAAGAGAAAUCGGCGAGAACCUCCUUUUUUUGAAGUCGGGUAAAAAUAAAAAAGUGCCAUCUAUGAGAAUCAGGCGUAACUGCAUCGCAAUAGGUACUUGAAGUUUACAAAAAGUUUCAAAGUUCUCUAAGAACGCCAUCUACUGGUAGUUCGAAAUAACACACUUUCACUAUGCCAGUAUCGCUUCAUUACAAAAUUUUGUAACGCGCCCUAAAUAUUUUAUAAUAGAGAUAUGUGACUAGCGCCGCAAAACUGACGCAUACAAAAGCGCCUAAUUGUCUUAAUUUUCAUUGAGUCGCGUAGUAUGGAAGUGGAAGAUGAAACAACGGAAGUUAUUUAAAUAAAUAAAUAUUGUCCAGUUGUGUGUUUAGGAACUAAAAAUUGUGUAUACAUAAAUAUAUAUUGAUAUUAAACACAAAAUUAUGCAUGUGUGCGCUCAGUGGAGUAGCUAAAUUCGGAUAAUUUUUUGCAGUGAUUUUGUAGGCACGUAACAUCUAUCUAUAGUAUAAAAUAUCGUUGUCACGCUCACCAAUUUGCUGAAGUUGUGUAAAGUAAGCGUGUAUUAAGAAGUUUUUUUUUUCAUAAAACAUUUUGCCCUAUUGCGGUAAUAAAUGGAACAAAUUCCUUCUAAUAAGAUACUUCGCAGACUGCUAUAAUAUUGCUGCGCUCCAAAAAAAGGUUUUCUAUAUUUCUGAUCAGGCUAUAUUAAUUAAUAAUAAUAAUAAGUAUUAUUAAUAAUUAUUAUAGAUAGGGUGGAUAGCAAUGUGAUUUCUUUUUUGUAUAUUAUUCUUUAUUCGUUAUUUCGAAAUUUUGUAAAGUUUGUGUCACAGAUAGAAUCAAAUUAAAUCUUUGACAACAUUUAUGAUAAAUAUUACAAUCAGACUUAAUAAAAAUAAAACAAAAUAUAAUAUUAUGGA